AUGUCCCUUACUGAGGAGCCUGAAUCAGGCGCGUCUCGCCUCAAGUUGGUGGGCACAGUCCUACCGGCCUCCGAUCCGAAUGAAAAGCUACCAAAUGUCGACAUCAUUCAUGUUGUCGGGGUCGACCCUGGGCGACGGCUGGGGCUCGACACAAUCAUUGAAGAUUCGGUGUCUUCCCGAAAAAGAGAAUACAUAUUCCAAUGCAAUAUAACCGGUCUACUUCUCGGAGACCUGGUCUGGGACGAGAUUCAGAAUGAGGCGCUGCAGUUGCUGGAAGGCCUAUUAGCCUCGAGUGAAAUUGACAAGGCAAGUCUCUCCGGCGCCUCGUCUUUCAACUCCCACAAAGAUGCGAUGCUAAGCCGAAGUUUCCCACCACAGGAGACUUCUGUUCAUGCAGUGAGGAUCUUUAUUGCAUAUGACUUAGGUGCUUUGAUCGUCAAAAAGGUUUAUAUUCUCUUUUUUUCUUGUUUUUCUUCUUGUUUUGGUGCUUUUGACUUCUUCACUGCGACCCUUGGUAUAUCCACUGAGUUUGCCGUGCAGGGGAAGCCUGCUAGCCAGGAUGAGGAUUGGCUUGACCCCCCACAAUGGAUAGCUCUCCAGCGUAUGCUCCUGCCGCUGGCACUCCCACAGUCCCGAAUAUUUGAAGCCAAGGCGUACAGAGACUGGGCCGCAUCUCCAAGAUCACCAAUCCUAUACAUCCAAGGGCGAGAUGAAUCUCAUUCCAGGUCCCUUGCCGACAACUUUUGCCUAUACGAACAGGGACGAUUUGAGAAUAGACAGGAUUACAGUAACGACCCUUUGCGCAACAACAUGAAUUCUAUGAUAUGCUCAGCUCUCCUGCAAUUCCAGUCGGCGAUUGCAUCUGAAAUGGUCGACAAAGAUCUGCAAAACAUCUUCUCACUCUUAUUAGCCGACCGUGCUGGGACAGGGGCACUAUUCGUACUCCGAAAACACUUUUGGGGCGAACUCCAGAGCCUCCUGGAAAUAUCGGAUUUUUAUUUCAAGGCCGUCGUGACAUCUCGGAAACGCCUCCAAUUAUUGGAAGACGCUCAAGAAUCUGGAUUGUGGCUCCUGUAUAAAGAAUCUGAAGACUCCCUUGCCGCCCAUCUCUGCCCUGGGGGGUAUGGUAAACAUCGAGUGAACAGAUUCCUGCAGGCACUCGGUGGCAGGGAUAAAACUGAGUUAACUCAUAUCAUCUCUCUUAUCCAGGCGCAUACUAACUGGCCCGAUGAUCCAUCCUCGGCUGCAUGGUCUGGCUUUGGCAUACUUCUCGAUCAGGUUAAACCAACCACUUCACCGGCUGCGCUACUAGACAAGAUACUCCGCUCUGUCCCCGAUAAAUUAGGGCUAUGUUGGGUUCUUUUCCCGUCAGAGCUAGCAUGCUAUAAAUUUCUCCCCAACCCCACGCAUGUCGAGAUUCGCCAAUCCCUUCAAAUCCUCAGGUCCUGUAUAUCAGUUCUGGCUGAAGUUAACUAUGAUAAAGAUGAUCCGAGCUACCUGUGGAAUGAGAUCAAGCCAAUGGCUCAUCAAUCGAUGGCCUACUUUCUCCACCAUUAUCUAACGACACCAGCUACUCAGGCUCUCCAGCCAGAUGGCGAGGGCUUUAUCUACUAUGCAAUCACAGCAUUCCCAUAUCACCUUGAACAAGGCUCGGAAUUCUUAUCUCAGAUGAAGCAUGACUUUCACUCCCCGAAGUCACCCCUUCUGCCGUGGGCGAGAAUGUACUGGGCCAUGAGUAAUCCUUUCUCGCGUCAUUCGGCAGCAAACCCUGAUACAACUCUCCUCAAGGCAUUGGAAAGAUUUACGGAGGGCUCUGACGAUAUGAACGAGGCUGCACUAAAUUACGCCCGGCUUAUGAUAAUCAAUGGAACUCGUGAGAAUACCACCGAAGGGGACGCAAUUGUGGAGACGACAGCUGUAAAAAAUAUCAAUUCUUGGCCCUCAAAAGCUCUCUGGAGAGCGGUAUGGCUCAACAUGGCUCGUAUCGACGUGUCCUCCAAGUGGUUUCCCUCCCCACUAUAUCUGGCAUCUGCUUUAGGUCAUUCCCAGAUCGUUAAGACCUUACUACAAGCUGAAGCAAAGACUCGCGUUCAGGGUAAGGGAGGUUUGGGGGUUCUGCAAACUGCGACUGCAUACGGGCACCAGGACAUCGUCCGGGCCUUGGUGGCCAAAGACCCCGGCCUUCUAGAGAUCGAGCAGCCGGAUACACCGCUUGACCACGCGUCAAUUUGGGGUAAAUGGACAACCGUGGAGGUAUUGGUUGAACUGGGUGCUCAGGUCGACUUCAACCCGUCAUCAGACGGUUGGACACCCCUGAUGGUCGCAGCAUAUCAUGGCCAUGCCCGGACCGUCAAGGUCCUUCUCACAAAGCAUGCCAAUCCUAAUCACCCCGGACCAGGAGAUAUUUAUACUCCACUUUGGUAUGCCGCGAUGCAUGCUCAAAGUGUUGAGAGUGUUCGUGCCCUCCUUGAUCACGGCGCAGACCCGAAUCACGAAAUUCUCCGGCCUCCGUUGGUGUGUGAGAUCUGCGCGUCAUCGAACAUCUGUCCUGAGAGAAAACUUGCCAUACUUGAUACCGGCUUGAUGUUGGCGGCCAAUAAAGGGGACCUCCCCGUGGUCGAAUGGCUUAUUGCUCAUAAUGCCAAUGCGGGUCCCACCACGAAACAGUCGCACAGCGCAUUAUAUUUUGCCGUCAUCAACGGCCACCAGCAGAUUAUCCAGCAACUACUCGCAUACGGCUCUCCUAUAAAUACUGUGUUUGAGGCCGGAAAUACAUUGCUUCACUUGUCGAUCAAUGAAGGUGCUAAGCAAAUAGGAAUGCUGCUGGAGGCCGGUGCGGAUCCAGAACUGGAGUCCGACGACGGUUUUACAUGUCUUCAUAUAGCGAUCUUCCAGAACAAGCCUGAGGUAGUUGCACAGCUGAUUGACCAGAAAGUUGACAUCAAUCAUUGCAACGGCCAGGGUUGGAGUCCGAUACACUUGGCCUGUUACGUUACCGAUCCCAAUCCCGAGAUAGUCAGGCUCCUCGCAGAUGCUGGUGCCAGGUUGACGGAUACUGUGGACUCUGGCUUCAGCCCUUUGCACCUAGCUGCUUCUAAAGGCGUUCCGAGUAUAAUAGCAGCUCUGUUAGAAUUUCGGGGUGCCCUAGAUAUUGAACAGCAUGACAAUGAUGGGCUAACACCACUCAUGCAGGCUGUUGGAGGUGGUGCAAAUAUCAACGCGCAAUCCGCGGAGGGUCCUGAUGAGGUUGCAAGGUUGCUCCUUUCUCAAACGGACCUCGAUAUAACGCUUAGUUCUCCAAAUUAUGGUACAGUCUUACAUAUUGCUUGUCAGACUCAGAAUCUUGCUGCAGUUAUCAACCUCCUCGAUAGGGGAGUGGAUGUCAAUCAGCAAGUACCAGGCACCCCAAGUUAUACCUCUGGUAGCUCUCGGAAAGACCGACUUCCUAAGGGCUACGAAGUGCAUGCCAUGUACAACACCGUCGUCUCCAACGCCAUCAUCAUCCAGUACCUCAUCAGCGAGGGUCUAUCACUGAAAGAAUCGAACUGCCUGGGGAGGCUUCCCAUUCAUUACGCCGCAGCCAAUGGCCUGGAUAAUUUUGAAGCCGUCCUCCGUGGUGAUAGCACUCUCCUCUCAGCUGCAGAUAGUUCCGGUAAAACUGCUCUGCAUUGGGCGGCUCAGUUCGGCCGCAUCCAAACCGUUGAGAGGAUCCUCGCUCAUGUUUCCUCUCCAGAGGAACGGAAAAAGCUUUUGAACCAAGCCGACAUUGAUGGAUGGACGGCCCUUAGCUGGGCUAUUCGGCCUAACUACUCUGUCUACAUUGGAGCAUCUUCGGAACUCUGCAAUCAAACCCGAACAAUACAAUUCUUGAUCGAGAAAUAUGAGGUCUUUACCGAGAUUAUAUGUCUUCUCCAGGAGGCAGACAGCACCCGUCGCACGGAGAAAAACAUGUCCAGUCGCUCCAUCCAACCAUACAAAACGCAACGAUAUUUCUGCGAUAUCUGCCUGCAAGACAUGUGGGGUCCUGUGUGGCGGUGUCACGUCUGUCUAACAUUCGACGUCUGUAAAAAGUGCUAUGGACGAAUCGAUCUAUACCAUGGACACUUGACGGAUGAGAAUGGGGAACCACAUAAAUUCAUGCUUCUUUAUGAAGCAGCACCGGAGGUACAGGAAGACAAACCAUCAGCCGAGUCCAGAGCUUCUCACGCGCCAUCGGAUAACGGUACGAGUGAACGCACGCAUGACGCUGAUAUUAAUCCUUCCCCUGGGAGUGAACAAGAUAGUGAUCGUACUGAGAAUGUGGUGGACCAGGAGUUGGAGGAUAUUAUGAACUUCUCGGUUGGAGAUUAUGACGAGGAGGAUGGGGUGGAUGGUGAACAGAGCCCUUGA